AUGCCCGGCUUAAUUCAUGAGCUAGCACAAUCUGUUUCUGAACAUGAAUGUUUGAGAUUUGAGAAUAAUGCAGUACAUGGUGAAUCAGGGAAUUCUCGCUAUGUGGUGUCAUGCCUUCAGAAUAUGGAUCCUAUAGCAUUUCACAAGAUUUAUGAGAACCAAAGCUUAAGAGCAUUUAUAUUGCUUCCUGAAAAUGGUGUGCCCACAAAGCAGGUUCCAUAUGAUCUGUUUCUAAAUUUGAAGCAUUUACGUGCUUUAGAUUUGAGACAGAAUGAAUUAGUUGUAUUACCAGAUGCUAUUGGAAAUCUAAUUCAUCUGCGGUUCCUGAACCUCUAUGGCACACAGAUAGAGAGGUUGCCAGAAUCUGUCAGUAACCUUUACAAUCUGCAGGUACUAGAACUUGGUGAGUGCAACAAGCUUCUAGAAUUACCCAAAGGCAUGAGCAACUUGGUUAAUCUUCGGCAUCUGGGUUUGCAUUUGAACUGGGAUAAGCAUAGAAAUAGAUGGAUUGAUUUGAUUUCCAUGCCACCAGGGAUUGGCCAAUUAACUUUUCUACGAACAUUGUCAAGGUUCAGUGUAUCUGGAGAGAGUGGAUGUGGUUUAGGGCAGUUAAAAGACUUGAAUCUCCGAGGAGAACUAUGUAUCUCAAAACUGGAAAAUGUAGUCGAUGUGAAGGAUGCCAAAGAUGCAAAUUUGAAGAACAAAAAAUACAUUGACUUUCUGAUGCUGAAAUGGAGUGAAAGCACCUGCUCUAACUCGCUGGCUGGAAGUGAAGAAGUAAUUGAAAACCUCCAUCCAAACACCAAUAUCAGAACUUUAUGGAUAGAUAACUACAAUGGAACAUCAUUUCCAAAUUGGCUUCAGGAUCAGUCAUUUUCAAAUUUAGACACAUUGAGACUCUCCAACUGCAGAAGAUGUGGUGUCCUCCCUCUAGUGGGAAAGCUGCCACAACUCAGAAAUCUCUACUUAGAAGGGUUGCCUGAAGUGCAACACAUGGGCCGUGUGGUUCCCGGUAAUGGCAAUACUAUGGGUUUUCCCUUGCUUGAGAUGUUGUUUAUAUCAAACAUGCAUAAAUUGGAGAGUUGGUAUGAAGUAAUACAGGGUGAAAUGGCUUGCCUCAAAAAACUUGUCAUCUCAGAUUGCCCCAAUAUAAAAGAACUUUCCCACCUACCAUGUUCUCUUGAAUAUUUUGAGAUGGGAAACUGCCAAAAACUGUUGUCUCUUCCUAUGCUUCCACAGCUUCACGAGUUGGUGAUCAAAGGAGGCACUGGGGAAAUAAUCAGGUGGAUCCGUCAGCUCCCUUCUCUGUCCUCGCUGACUGUUUCUCAAUUGUCUCGUGUUAAAUCUGUACCCAGAGGUUAUCUUCAUAACUUGAAAAUUCUUAGAGAACUGAAGAUUGAAGGAUGUGAUAAGCUUGAGUCACUGGCCUUGCAAGAUCUUGCUUCUCUUGAAUUUUUAGAGGUAUCAUCAUGCCGAAAACUAUCAUCCUUUGCUGAGGGGGGACUGCCUGCAACACUAAAAGAAUUUCGACUUCGUUUUUGUGACGAUCUCAAAUCCCUGCCAACCCGAAUGCAUUUGUUACCCUCUCUUAAUCAUAUGGAAAUUCGCAAUGUUCCAAUGCUCACAUCAUUACCGACAGAAGGAUUAUCUUACUCUCUGAAAUAUCUAGCUAUCAGUGGAUGCGCAUUGCUGCAACAACGUUGCGAAAGAAAUGGUGCUGAUUGGCCUAAAAUACAGCAUAUUCCUUUAAGAGAAAUUGGUGAUAGGUCUUCGAGUUGA